UUUGAACGAAUACCCCGGAAGACGAUACAAUCGACGGAAAGAAGUUACAACCACUAAACAACUACAAAGAUACCACUAGAAGAGGGGAUAUGCUAGAGUAUAGACUCUGGGUCAGUCAGGGGAGACGAGAUGCUACUGGAGGAAGCAUGUAAUGGUUGGAGGAGCGGCUCUCUCUUUCUUUUUUUCUUAUUUCUUUCUUUUUUUGAUACCGUACCUACUCGUACUGUCACUUGAGAUACCCCAGAUCAUACCAUAUUCCUUUCGUUUACAGAAGUUCAUAAUUUAUCAGGUUAUGGCACAGCUCAUGAUCAAUAUCAAUCAAUCUUUCGAUUCCCCUAAACAGGAUAUGUGUUUUCCCGUACGCCAGUUUUUCUGUUUCCCUAUCCUUCCACAAAUGCUCAUGGUAUUAAACACGCAACCUGGACCAACAUGCUGAUAAACAAUGCGUGAGAAUGACGCCUAACUCCGCUCAUAUCAAAUGAAAGACACGUAAAAGCCGAUUUCGCAGAAACGAUCUAGCUUUGCAUCUUAGAUUUAUUUUGACCAUC